AUGGGAAGCAUCACUUCAUACUUUAGCAGACCUGAACAAGCUGCAUCAGAUAAGGCAAGAUUCUAAUAGAUAAUCUCUGACGACAAACCAGCAACAAUAAUAACAGAGACCUAGACCACUACGACUACUGUAGACCCUAUAACCAAUGUACCUAAUCCCGAAAUUACCACAACUAAUGUUGAAGUUUUUGAGAAGCCAGUGACUAAUACUCUCUUGAAGAAGCUCAAGAAUAAAAUUUACAAAAACGACAAGGAAUAUGUUGGUGAUCCUGAGAGAGAAAUCAAAUUGGCUGGAGUUGAGUAGGAAAGAGUCGAAGUCUUCCACAAUAACAGAUUAGAAAGUAUUACUGAAAGAGAAAUGAAUAUGAUUCUUACUCAGUGA